CUUGUCAGCAUUCCUUGUUUGAUUGUAAAAAAGGAGACGGAACCAUAAUUCUAAACAGCGGCGCAUGCCCAACAAGUAGGCAGACUAGGUCGGUUCCCUUGGCGACUUAAAACUAUUGAACACAUAAGACUGACGGUUUUGUUUGAUCGAUAUAUAGAAACACUGGUUAAAGUCACAAAAAAUGUCUAACAAACCGAAACGAUUGUUGGAAAAAUACGACAUUUUGCUAGAACACCUCGAUUACGGUUAUAUUGAAAAGUGUACCGAUGGAAGCGAAUUAGAAAAAAUCAUAAAAAUUUUGCGCUCUGGCCAGGAGGGCCACUAUCCGGAUUUGAUGGCAUUCGCCAUGCGGCAGCUUAAGUCAAUUAAACCUGGUUCGAAGUUAUUCCGUCAAGAGACUCCAUUGGUUACGAAGAACAGUAUGGCGAGUGAUCGUUGGGACCAGAUUAAUCAAGACCUGACCCAGUGGGAAAAGGACAUGCAGAACAUACAGAACGCCAUGCUUGAUGGGAAGGAAGAUGCUCCAAGAUAUUUGCCACCCGUAAGGACCACAUCGCUGAACGACAAAAAAUGUUCAUCCAAAACACAGCAAAACCGAAUUAAAUCAAGUGAUUAUGAAAAUUGGGAUCGAUAUGACCCGGAUGCUGAAAUUCUAAAGAUGGACCUGGAAGAAGAACGUCACAAGGAGUUUAUUAUGAAACGAAAUGAAAGAAACUCAAAUGAUAGAAUGAUUCAAGAAGUUCAGCCAGAUGAUGUAACCCCUAUGACCGAAGCAGAGAGAAAAAUACUGGCCAUAAAGUACAAGGAAAAGGGCAAUGAUUAUUUUCGAAGCAAGGAAUACCAGCACGCUCUCUCAGAAUACAACAACAGCAUUGCACUUUACCCAUUAAAUGCCUGCUUCAAUAAUCGUGCUAUUGCAAAUAUCAAACUGAUGCGGUACAAAGAAGCCAUAUCUGACUGCGAGAAAUGUUUGGAAGGAGAACCUAACAAUCUAAAAGCUUUGUGUAGGAAGGCUGAAGCACUCAAACUUGACGAUAAACGACGUGAGGCCUACCAGACGUAUUGUCAGAUUUUACAGUUGGAUUCGAAAAACAAACUUGCCACCGAUGCAAUUGAAGAUCUUCGUCGUCAACUCCCAGAUCUCCCUCCAGCAAAUUCUUUCCCAUUACAAAUUGAAGAGGUUGCCAACGAAGACGACGACUAUGCAGCUCUCGUCAAGCCUAAAAAGAUUAUCAAAGACAAACUUCCCGAAGCGGUGCAAAGUUUGAAAGCGGAAACUGUGAAAAUGGUACAGAAGGCCAAAACCGCAAAUCUGCAAGAUAACAAUUUCGAAAUCCUAACACAACCUUCAAAGAAAGUUCUCAUCGAAGAAAUUAAUUGAAUUGGUAGAUGUGACCCUAGAAAUAUAUUAGAUAAUACAAAA